AUGAAGCAAUUCAGUAAAGACGUGUUGUUUCUUACCGUUAUCGGUUACGUGCUAAUCGGUGUACAUUGCGAAAUUGUGUACAUUGAUGAUGGUGCCCUUGAAGGAACUGUCAUGGUGUCACGUUCGGGAGUGAACUUUCACGCUUUUCUACGCAUUCCGUAUGCGGAACCGCCAAUUGACAACCUAAGAUUUCUCGCACCGGUUCGAAAGCAGGCAUGGACUGGAAUGUGGAAUGCUACAUACUGGAGUCCUAUUUGUGUACAAAAUACUCCCAGCAGUGCUGACGAAAUGAGUGAAGAUUGUCUGUACAUGAAUGUGUUCUCGAAGAACUUAACCGGUUCGAUGCCGGUGAUCGUGUACAUCCACGGCGGUUCAUUUGCCUAUGGAGAUGCAAAAAGUCAAGCUGGACCACAAUACUUAAUGGACAGGGAAGUUGUUCUCGUAUCAUUUAAUUAUAGGCUUGGUGCUUUGGGUUUUAUGGCUGUGGGUACACGAGAAAUUCCCGGAAACGCUGCAAUGAAAGAUAUGGCUUUGGUGUUGCAAUGGGUUAACAGAAACAUUGUGAAGUUUGGAGGCAAUCCAAAUAAAGUCACUUUAAUGGGAUGGUCGGCUGGUGCAAUUGCCGUUCACGCUCUCAUGCUUUCUCCGAUGGUCGAUGGUUUAUUUCAUCGAGUAGUUGCCAUCAGUGAAGCGUUAGCUGGAUUAAGAUCACUUCCAUAUGAAUAUUCGUCUCUGGCAUUAAGAUAUGGCGAAAGGUUGAACUGUCCAACAUCAGAAAUCGAUUUGUUGAUCGCAUGCCUGAGAGAUAAACCAGCAACCGAUCUCGUAAGCAUAAGCUUCAGGGAUCACCCAAUAUGUGCUACAACUGGUGGUACCUUUUAUUUAACAAUUGAACCAGAGCUGGGACAAGAGAGAUUUUUGACUGACGAUCCUCCCAAAUUGUUUGCCAAUGGGAACUUCUCUCGCGUCCCGAUGAUUAUCGGGAGAACGUCUGAAGAGGAAACGAUCACUGCAUUCGAGCUUUUGAAUAGUCCAAGGCUCGACGAUUUGAAUGAUGACUUCAACGAAGUGGGCCCGUACUGCUUCGGAUAUGAAGGUGGAAAUACUCCGAAGUCUAGGGCGAUCAGUGCUGCGAUAAAAAAUUAUUUACCAUUUGACGUGAUCGACGUUAGAUCCGUAAAUGCGUUAGUUCAUCUCUUUGGUGAUACGUUCACCGGUUUCGGUCAGCAUAUCUUCGUCCACCGCAUUAAUCAAUACAUUCCGGUGUACUACUACAAAUUUUCUUAUGUCGGAAGAUUCAGCUUUUGCAACAAUCCACAAGAGAAACCGUAUGGCGUUGAACACGGCGACGAUUUGCAAUAUAUUUUUCACCUAAAUUUUCUGAACAACAAUUUUCCAAUCAUUGAACACUCUGCUCCUGAAAACUUUAUGGUAGAGCGAAUGACACGAAUGUUCGAACAUUUUGCAGACAACGGGAAUCCCAAUUAUAAUGACAGUGAAGUGCACUGGCCGGUACAUCACAACGAGACUGAAUACUAUUUGGACAUUGGAACGCAUAUGGUCGAAAAGAAUGGACUAUAUCUGGAACGGUAUACCAUAUGGAGUCAAAGUGCCGCCUUAAUGAUAAAUGGAAGUUCAUUCCUUGUCGGCGCGGGCUGUUUAGUAUUAAUGAAAAUAUGGUCGAGAGGAAUUGGUUCUUGAAAUAAAAAGACUUAGUCCUCUGACCGAAUCGUUUGAUUU